UUGUCGUACACUGCUACGGCGCCGUCCACCGGUUCACAACUUGUUACGAUUUUAUCAUGAUUUCAUGUAACUUAUUACAAGGAAUUAAUUAAGUACGCAACAUAAAACAUUUUUAACAAUUCAUUUUAUUUUAAUCAUUAUGGAUUAUAAAGAUGAGCAACACAAUGAGAUCGAAGCUUUGGAGUCAAUUUAUUGUGGAGAAUUGGAAAUUUUAGCUGUAGAACCAUUUUAUACAUUUUCCAUACCUAUUAAAACUGAAGAGUAUGAACCAGGUACUGGGAAUGGUCUCAGCUGUUCAUUGGAAUUUACAUAUACUGAAAAAUAUCCAGAUGAGUCACUUCUUAUAUCGAUAGAGGAACAUGAAAACUUUGAAGAAGGAAAUGCUGAGAAAUUGAAGGAACAUCUGAUGGAACAAAUGAAUGAAAACCUUGGAAUGGUCAUGGUAUUUACUUUAGUUAGUGCUGCUCAGGAGUGGCUUAAUGUACAAUGGGAUAAAAUUAAAUUGAAAAGAGAAGAGAGUGCGGCACAAAAACUCAGGGAAGAGGAAGAAGCAGAAAGAAAAAAGUUUGAGGGAACACGAGUUACGGUUGAAACAUUUUUAAGUUGGAAAGAAAAGUUUGAUGAAGAAAUGGGAUACACGAAAAGAAGAGAAAUGGCUGAGAGAGAAGGGAAAAAAUUAACUGGUAGAGAAUUAUUUAUGACUGAUAAAACAUUGGAUCAGUCUGAUCUGAAGUUUUUGGAUGAUGAUUCUGUUAAAGUAGACGAAAGUCUAUUUCAAAAUCUUGAUGAUUUGGACCUAGAAGAUGAUGAUGAUGACGAUCCUGAUUAUGAGCCGAACGUUUCUGAUGAUAGUGCCUAAAUAAAUAUGCUAUAGUUCUCCACUAUUAUUUAUAAAAUAAUUCCUAUUCAUUGAGUGUUUAAAUACAAAUUUAGUACUUAAAAGUAUCGUUUAAGUACUAGAGUUUAGAUGACAGAUUGACAUGUUCGAAGCAAAUCUACCAAUGUAAAAUGAAUUCAUUAAAAUUUAUAGCUGCCAUUUGCAUUUUGUAUAAUGGCUGAAAUUUUAUACAUAUAUGUAUGAAAGGGAAUAGAUAUAUUUAAUAAGGAAAAUAAUUUUUAUAAUUAUGUAUAUAACAAUCUUUUUCAUAAAACUUUGUUUAAUGAAUCCAAAAUAAUCAUUUUUCUUGCACUUAUAAAUGUCCGAAAGUAUCUUCAUUCGAAUAUCGGAGCAAGAAUAUAAUGAAAUAAAUACACAUUAACGACCAUAAUUUAACAUUUAUUCAUAGUUUUAGUGUUUAAUGUAUACAUUCAGUAACAAAUUCUAAUGAGCACAUAGUUGCAUUUGAAUAACUUGAAUUCCUCUCGUUCUAGGGAAUAUGCAUACAUUAAUACAGAGAUGAGAAAUGGCUAGCGGGACGGCACAGGGGGCAAGGGAAGUACAUACUGGUCUUUAUUGUUCGCCGUCACGUGUUGCUAUAUGGUCUUGAUAUGUGACAUUUUCGACCAAUAAGCGUGUUUGUCUUCGUGAUUGUAUUAGGUCUACUAGAAAUAAUCAUAAGAAAUAAUGUGAAAAUAUCCAAUCGGACCCGUAUUCAUUUUUUUAGCCAUUUUUCACCUUUGUAAUAGUAUAAUCUGAUAUAAUUCAGAAUAAUUUAGAAGAGAGGUGUUUUGUUAUAUUUGUCACGUGAUAGUAAUAAUCAAAUCCAAGUUGUUCAUCAAUGUUUCUAUUUCACGGAACAUAUAGGAAUCUUGUGACAGAAUUUUUACUUUUGUAUAUUUACUUAACUUAAAAGUGACAAUUACAAUACAGUACAAAAAACACGGUUUUUACAAUGUUG